UUUUGUAUUUUUUAUUAUUUAGAGUUUCAACAUAAGUAUGUUAUAGAGUUUACCACAUGAAUGCCACUAUAUUCUGCUUGUUGGAACAUCAUGUUCUGUCUCCUCAGUCUACCAGUGAUCAAGAGUGCUAAAUAAAGUCUUUAUUCUGUCGCAGUGGAACGCACUCAUGUUUUUGGUGGUCGCUGCAUUCGCCCUAUCCGGGGUGACAGCUUUUGACAAUGACGUUCAAAAUACUACAAGGUCUAAACUGCCGGAGCUGUAUCAGAUCGAUGACUAUGACCGCUGUCUCUCCCGGCCCGGAGCUCUGUACUGUGUGGGCACGUUCCAUCUGACUGCGGACCGGCAGGCGCCGUCCUACCGCUACUACCGCAUGAUCGAGGAAUAUUCAUCGGAGCCCCGUCACUUCAACCGGACGCUGCUGCACCGCGGGUACUGCCUCAGCAGCCGCUGUCCAGACCUCGCCAACGCAACCCAUGGAGACCGGUUCAGCAGCUGUGCACAGGCGCAGGAGGUGUCUCUGGGGAUGAAGUUAGUACUUCAGUCCUACCACUGCAGUCAAAACGUUCACAAGAAAGCUAUUGAAAAACGAGAUCAACAUUUCUUAUGGAUCGUAGCAGUAUUGCUGGCGCUUAAUGUACUCGGAACCGUAUACGACGUUAAGAUUUCAAACGGAAAAAAAAACAAGGUCCUCAAAAGCUGGUCCAUCAGAUUUAAUUGGCAAAGUUUAAAAAACACGCUCCAAGAAUAUAAAGACCCACGCUUAAAGUGCUUGUCGCCGUUUGAAGGGUUCAGGGUGAUAUUUCACGUACUAUUCAUCGUGGGUCACAUCAUGGCUGUGUACCAUCAGCUGUUCCUGAGUAACCCUCAACACGUGGAACAACUGUACUUCCAGUCCUGGUCUUACUUUAUGAGGAAUGGGCAGUUGGCGCUCCAGGCGUUUGUGAUGGCGUCGAGCUUCCUGUAUACCCACAGUCAGAUCAUCUUCAAGAGAAGCACUCACUUCUCGCAACUACCCCUGGCUACACUUAGAAGAAUAGCUAGGUUAUUACCAGUUCAUCUUCUGGUGGUGGGGUUCGCAGCGACGUGGUGGCGCUACACCGGCGACGGGCCGCUGUGGCCGAACCUGGUGCUCCAGGAGAGCGACGUCUGCCGCCGCAAGUUCCUCUGGCACGCGCUCUUCCUGCACAACCUCGUCGACAACGACGACCAUUGCUUAGCGCCCACCUGGUCCUUCGCUGCGGACCUACAACUGUUUGUCGCGGCCUACCUGCUGAUGUCAUUACUGACAAUAACUGGACGGAAGCCCCUCCCGGUACUGUCGGUGCUGUUCAUCGUAUUAUCUGUUCUCAACGGACUGAUGGCUUACUGUAAUGGGUGGGAAUCCAUGAUCUUCAUUGCACUUCCAGAAAAUCUUCGACAGUUCUUCAGAAACUCACGAUCAUUCACCAACUUCUACUUGUCACCCCUGAAUAAUGUUCCAGCAUAUCUUGUUGGUAUCAUCUUAGCACACGUUCACAAGCAUGUUCAGGAACGGGGCAUCAAAUUGAGCGACUCAAAGCUAUACUUGUGGUGCUACCACCUGUCCUUCCCGCUCAUGAUAUCCUGGGUAAUGUGUGGGGAGUGGUUCUUCGAGCGGCGGUCUCCGCUCACCACUGCGAUCUACGCCGCUAUCGAGAGGCCAGUCUUUCUUCUCCUCCUCAGCGUCUAUUCCAUUGGCAUAAUCAACAAUCUAGACAAUGUCGUGAGGCGUGUUGCACUAUGGCGCUUCUGGAGGCCGCUGGGUCGCAUGUCACUGUCCAUGUUGACGGUGCACUGGUGCGUCAUUAAAACUCUCCUCGCGUCCAGACGAGGUCUUUUUGACUUCAAUCAGUAUAAUUUGACUAUGGAUACACUGGCGACGAUCUUCCUCUCCUACGGCCUCGCUGUGCCCCUCACGCUCCUCGUAGAGAUGCCGCUCAUGAAGACCUUCACCUCCAUGCUGAUGGACUGAGUCUGUCUCGGCCGAUAGAGACGUGCGCGACGUGUUUCUUCUCCUACUGCCUCGCUGUGCCCCUCACGCUCCUCGUGGAGAUGCCGCUCAUGAAGACCUUCACCUCAGUGCUGAUGGACUGAGUCUGUCUCGGCCGAUAGAGACGUGCGCGACGUGUUUCUUCUCCUACUGCCUCGCUGUGCCCCUCACGCUCCUCGUGGAGAUGCCGCUCAUGAAGACCUUCACCUCAGUGCUGAUGGACUGAGUCUGUCUCGGCCGAUAGAGACGUGCGCGACGUGUUUCUUCUCCUACUGCCUCGCUGUGCCCCUCACGCUCCUCGUGGAGAUGCCGCUCAUUAAGACAUUCACCUCAGUGCUGAUGGACUGAGUCUGUCUCGGCCGAUAGAGACGUGCGCGACGUGUUUCUUCUCCUACUGCCUCGCUGUGAUCCUCACGCUCCUCGUGGAGAUGCCGCUCAUUAAGACAUUCACCUCCGUGCUGAUGGACUGAGUCCAAGAGAGAGUUUCAAGCUAUUAGUAUUUCCGAUUUGGUAAAAAUACAGUUCAAAAGAUAUCAUUCGGUAAAAAAAAAACUUGAGAGGUGUCAAGGGACACCCGGAUGGA